CAACCAUACACGUUCUACCACACCAGAGAUAUACAGUACCGCGACUUGAUCCAACAACCUGAACUAACGACCCGAUCAAAUAUGUCAAACCAAGCACGUCCCUCUUCGCCCUUCAACGCCCCUCCUGUGGGAGAAGGAAAGCGUGCGACGGAUUCCACCAACGCUCCUUCGCCCGCCAGAAUGCCGGCAGUCAAUCCGGAAGAGUUGAUCAUCAGCGAUCCCUCUUCACACCCAAGCAGCAAUCUUGCUGUUACCGGAUCGGCUAAUGAUGAACAGGGAUUCCAAGCAACCGGAGCACCUCCAGCAAGCGAAGGACCCCAUGCGACGGAAGAGCCUCGAGAGGCGGAAGCAGAAAGGGAGACAGGAGAAGGAAGUGGCCGAAGAGACGAGCCGAAGGGGUCGAGAGGGCAGAGAGGUGGUCCGAAGGAUGGGGCCAGGCGAAAAAAAAAGAAGGGUGUAGCGAAUGAUGAAGUCGGGAGGAAUGCAUUCUUCGCCCGCAUGAGGCGCAAGACGAAGAAGAUCAAGAAGGAAGAUCCACGUCUGUGGACUAUAAUCGUUGCCAACACUUCUUCCAACACCGUCAUCGAUUCAUCGAGUGCUUCCUCUGAACGAAAGAGGGAUUCAGAUGUUGCCGAAUUGAGCCAUGAUAAGAUGGAGCCGAGCUCUCGUUCAGGUGCCGGAGAGACCAAGGAUCGGUAA